UUCGCUUUCUCUCUUUCUCUUUCCUAUCAUGGAGAGCUCACCGGCCAUCCUAAACAAACCACCCCCGCCCUUCCCUGCGCCACCGCGCAGCGUCGACUUCUCCGCCCUCGAGUUCAUCCUCGGCCUUCUCGCCGUCAUCACCGUCCCCGCCUUAAUAUACGCUGUCUUCUUCGCCAUCAAGUGCCCUCCCAGCCUCUUCCGCUAUCGACCCCGCCGGAGCUCCACCACCCCCCACGGCGACCCUUCACAAGCUCUUCCGGAGGUGAUGUCCGACCUCAAGUACCAGAAGGACUCACACGUCAAGGAAAUCGGGACCGAGUGCCCGGUUUGCUUAUCGGCCUUUGACGACGGCGAAGAGGUGAGGCAGCUCAGUGUGUGUAAGCACUCGUUUCAUAGUACGUGCAUCAACAUGUGGCUCAAGGACCACUCUAAUUGCCCGAUUUGCCGCGCGAACAUCGCCGUCGAUCGGAGUAGAACGGCGGCGUCCGGUAGAGAACAUCGGGAUGAUCUGCAACAAGGUUUGCCGGAUGCUUCCGCCAUGGUUUGACACUUAAACCUACCUUCGUCUUUCUUUCUCUCGUCUUGUUUUGGUUUUGUUGGGUUUGGUGGAUGGAGAUGAUGGCAACAUAUGAAGCUGGAAAUAUUUUUUUUUUCAUUUUUUUUUCCUUUCUUUCACUUUGUAGUUUCAGAAACUUACCGACAGAGUUGUAGCUAGCUAGUGAAUGUGAUUAGUUUUUACAUGAACGAGAACUGGUUAUGUGAAA